AUGGACUGUUGUGGCAAGAAACGAAUCCUGAUGGUGAUGACCAGUGCCUGUUCCUGUGCCGCCUUUGGACUUCUAUGUAUCGCCGUGGCCACAGAUUACUGGCUGUAUACAAAGGAAAAGGUAUCGGAGCGGACAUACAACAGAUCUGCGGAGUAUCUGCGAAUGUAUUCGGGACUGUGGAGAACAUGCGUGGAGGCGGCCCGCGACAGACGCCAGCCCACAUGUACCUAUAUCAAUUACUUCACAAAGAACGUGGAUAGAGAUGAACGAAAACCCACUGAAGCGAUUUUAUAUUCCAUGAGGCGAUCCACGUUCUUCCCACUCUCCAGUCUCCUCAUCCUUCUCAUUGGUGGAAUCAUCUGCUUUGUGGGACAUUGUCACACACAGAAGAAAGUGUUGACAUUUGUAUCAGGAAUAUUUUUCGUUUUAGCGGGUCUAUGUACCUUGGUUGGGAUUAUACUAUACAUAGGAAGUAUUACCGGCGAGGUAGGAAACAAACCCCGUCAGUCGCUUGGAGACCCCAUCUUCGUCUACAGCUAUGGCUCUUCGUUUAUGAUGGCCGUGGGGUCGUUUGCUCUUACAGAGUUGUCCGGGGUGCUGUGUGUAUACUUAUUCAUAUCAAGACACAAACACGAAAAAAGAAAGAUUCAGCAACGAGUUCACAUGGUUGACUCUAAUGAACGACCCGCGCCCGCAUAUGGACGUUAUAGAAGAUCACGUUCUCAAUCACGCGAUAGAUCGCAAUCUCGAUCACGUGACCCAUCAAUGACAAGAUCUGAAAGUUACUUUACAUAUACACCAAUGUCGGACACAUCUCGUGAGAUGUCAAAUUACACGUUCCCUCGAGACUCUUCCAGAAACACCAUAUCAACGACAGCCGAGACGCAUAUACCAAAGGAUCAUUCUAUACACUCUGUGGACACACUACGACGGACAACUCCAGUCUAGCUAGGAAAAUCCAAUAAGCUUUGGUUGAAUUAAGGGAUAACUUUCCCCCUGAAAUAAAUGUGAGGGGCCGCUAGCAGGGGAGUUGUUCCUGAAGAAAUAACUCGGGUUUUGCGGGACUGAGGACAGUGACACACGCGCGCCUUUUCUGGUCCACUCCGGGACAAGAAGCUAUUGCAAUAUUGGCCGACUGAGUGUGUGAAAAAAAAUGGCCGAUUUAUAGAUGGGAUGGAAUGGAAGGGGUUAUGCGAUGUGAAACUGGGGUUUAUAGCAGGCUAGAGCUAGCUGAGAUCGUCUGUGCUGUGGGGAAGGUCUAUCUGGCGGCUAUAGGCACGUCGGAGGGCAGCCAUCGCCUCCAGUGUUCCGGCUCUGGUGAAAUAUUCAUGAAGUGAGGCGAACAAGUGGAUGGCUUCCAGAAGAAGUGAACUCGGCACUUCGCUGAGCGGCGCAAGCAGAAAUGUUUAGGGUGCACACCAAGCCUUGAGGUUAGGAGAAGCCCAACUCUUAGCCAUAGGGCAUCUUUUGUAGGUUACCAUUGUUUUACGGUUAUCAUGAUUUGUUGACUAUAAACGAGAUUCCACUGUAAUAUAUUUAGCAGUUUUCUACACGUGUCCCUGAGUAAUAACGGGUGUGUGUGUGAUCAUUAUAUACAACAAAGGCACAAAAUGUUUCAUGGUUCCAUGUAGAGAUGAUCCUCAUGAUAUUAGACAGCAACAUAAUUUAAUACCGUGACAACAGGCAAAGGCACAUCGAGUAUCCGAUGAUAUCAGUGACAAGAUACCAGAGUACCAUAACUCAGUUUAACACACUGAGUAGCAGGAUAUAAGCGACACACUGAAUACCGGUGAUGCCAGCGAUACUCUUCGUACGAUGUCAUCACUGACACAUUAAGUACCAUGU